GGCAGGCGCCGCUGCAGCCCGCCAAAAGGUGGAUUGUAAGGGCGCUCCGUGCAGAAAGCUUUCCUACGCCCCCCUCACCAUCCCCGGACCUUGCACUUGCAUAAGCCACAGGUGUCAGAUUCUAGCGCUGCAAGGGUGAAAGGGGUUGCAUACGACACCUAGUUUUGGAAAAGGAGUGCUUGCUACGGCGCCCUCAGCCACUCUAGAAGGGGAUUGGCCUGGGGAGGGGGUUUGAGGAGCAGUCUGGAAGCACUCGCUUUCCCCUCCUCCCUCACCGAUUUCUCCAGUCCUCAGGAUCUUGCAAACCCUAAGAAAACAAAGAGCCACCUUAGUGGAAGACACAGUAUUCAUGAAAAUGCAGAAUCUUUUCGUUCCUAGAUACCCCGUCCCUCAGGAGGACAGUACCCAAAAGGUUGAGAGCAAGGCCAUUCAUUUAGCCUCAGCAGACAUGAUGAUGUUUCCCUGCACUGCCUCUCCUUUUUGGAAUCAAGAGUGCUAUAAAAUGAGGGAAAUAAAGGCCAUUACCCUUCUCAGAGCUUUCAAUCCAAAAGAGAGGUUCUUUCUGUACUUCUGCUAAUAUUUCUCGAGUGCUCAGUGCCAGGCUGUCUCAGUUAACCCUCUCAACAACCCUGCGAGAGUAUCCUCCUUCCCCAGAGAAGUGAAUUCAUUCAACAAGUAUUUGGGGGCACCUCUUAUAUGUCAGGCACUGUUUUAGGCUGGGCAUGCUAAUCGCUAUAAACAAAGUCGAAACUCUGCUCUUCUGAAAUGUAUAUGUAGACACUAAUGACCAAAGAUAGACGAAGAUAAAUAAAUGUAUAGCAUGUCAGGUGGUUCAGAGAACAGGAAAUCAAAGUAAGGAGAAAAGAGUGAGGGUGUUUCAUUUGGAAUAUCAAGUGGUCGGGAAAACCUUCUCUAAUAAGGUGAAUUUCGAACACAAACCAAAGGAAGCGAGGGAGAGAACCCUGUAGAUAAUUGGAGGUUAAGAAUUUUUGGCAGAGAGACUAGCAAGUACAAAGGUCCUGAAGCAGAAGCUUCUUGAAAGAUUUGGGGUGGGAAAGAAAAACAGACGAAUUCAAGGGUUUUGGCCUGAGCGACUGGAAGGAUGGACUUCCCAUUUGCCAAGAUGGAAAGACUGGAGUGCAGGCCUGCGGGAGAUGGGGAGUUAAGGUUUGAACGUGGCAAGUUUGAGAAGUUUAUGACACAUUCAAGCACAGAUGUCAGAUGUGGCCCAGCAGGCGAAGUCCCCACCGCCAAGGCCCAGCCUGCUAGAGGCAGGUGGCGAUGGCUGUGAGGAGCCCAGGCAGCAGGUGUCUUGGGAGCAGGAGUUCCUGGUGGGGAACAGCCCGGGAGGCAGCGGGCGGGCGCUGUGCAUGGUGUGUGGGGCCGAGAUCCGGGCCCCCUCGGCGGACACGGCGCGCGCCCACAUCCUGGAGCAGCACCCUCACACCCUGGACCUGAGCCCUUCCGAGAAGAGCAAUAUCCUGGAGGCCUGGAGUGAGGGGGUGGCCCUUUUGCAAGACUUCAGGGCCGAGCAGCCAUCCCCGCCCCAUUCAGACUCAGGCCAGGAGGUCGAAGUGGACCCAGACUCCGACCCGGACCCUGCCGAAAUGCCAGCAGAGAUUGUCGUUCUCCUCGACUCCGAGGACAACCCCUGCCUCCCUAGAAGGAGCCGGCCCAGGGGACUCCGCCCUCUGGAGCUUCCUGCGGCCCCUGUCCCAGAGCCGGUAAGCAAGAAGCCACGUGGUCAGAGAUGGAAGGAGCCCCCUGGGGAGGAGCCGGUCAGAAAGAAAAGAGGCAGACCCAUGACCAAAACCCUGGACCUGGACCCGGACCCGGACCCAGGUGAAGGCGAGGAAGAUCCCCCCUCACCCGACUCACCCACCGAGACUUUUGCGGCUCCCGCCGAGGUCCGACACUUCACCGACGGCAGCUUCCCCGCUGGCUUCGUCCUCCAGCUCUUCUCCCACACCCAGCUCAGGGCCUCAGACAGCAAGGACUCGCCCAAAGAGGGGAGAGUGGCAGAAAGAGGCCUUCUCCAGCCGGAAAGCCCCUCCCCAGCUCCCCCUCCGGGGCUUCGUGGGACGCUGGAUCUCCAGGUUAUCCGCGUGCGGCUGGAGGAGCCCCCGGCAGUCAGCCUCCUGCAAGACUGGUCCAAGCAUCCCCAGGGCACCAAGGGUGUGGGAGCAGGUGACAGCCCAGACUGGCCCGCGGUUCUGUCGGAAUCCAGCACCACUGUCGGGGGGCAGCCAGAGGCAGGGAGUGGCCUGUAGGUUCUUGCUUUUCGGGGGGGUGGGAGAGGAGGCAUUGUCCCCCUUCGACUUUUCACUCAGAGCUGCCCAGCUCGGCCACCUGAUGGAGAGUAAAACCAGGUGCCAAGGCAGGAUGGAGGAGAGGAAGGUGGGCAGCAUCCGCUAUGGCUCGGGGACCCUGGAAAAUGCCUCCCCGAGGUGAGGCGUGAGGCCAGGCCCUGAGGGGGACGGGGGUGCCAAGGGCUGUCGUGCGGUAGGGCAUUGGGCCUAUGGAGAACACCCACCCGAUCCUUUUGUUGACCCAGACCUCUCUGUCCCCCUGACCUCCUCCCGCCCUCUCGCCCCCCACCAUUCUCCCUUGGCACAGUGCCUUACGCAAGAGGUGGUCGUGACGGUGUUGAACUGAGUCCCACUACCUCGGGGGACGCCUCUCCUCCCCCACCUGUUUAGGCUCCUAAAUCAGGAGGCCUCCAUUACCUCUUCCUGUUCCAUCCCUGCAGGUGGCUGAAGCAGCCUACCUGGGGGCUCGGUCACUCACACUCUCCUCUUCACCCCUUUUCCUGUUGUAUAUAUCUCCUUUGUUGACAAUAAAUUAUUUUUUUUUAUUAA